GUCAUAUCCAGCCAGAACUCACAAAGGUCUUCGAAAAGAUCAAAAGUAGCAGCCUCCUUUAAGACAACUUUUAUAAGCUUGGCAAAGAUGAGCUUAGAAGAAUAUUUUUAAGUCUUUAAAAAAGGUAAGAGCGUGCACGAUUCUAAAACAACAACCGCAUAACAAAACAAAAUUAAAUCAAGGAAAAAAAACAACAACAGGUGAACAAAAAAUAUGGUAUUAAAUAAGAAAUAUGAAUGUGGGAAACAAUAUUAUAUUGUGCUGACAAACAAAAGCUCUUCUAUAGGGAAAUUCGACCGUUUUCUUUUUCCGACUUUUCUUUCUUUUUUUUCAUGAAAGUCAAUCCCGACGAUAAAUGUUAGGUAUUGAUGCUCUUCUUACAAUAGUCUUAGAAUAUAUAUAUUAAGUGCUCUGUCAAAUGGUCAAUGAAGCGAGUCAAACUUGCAAUUUAAAUUUCGGCCUUCUAAUCAUUAUUCUUUUGACUCUUUUAUAGCGGCUUGAGAGUUUGGACUCAAUUCAUCGAGGUUAAACAUGAGCUCGGUGCCAUUUACAAGAUUAAAUGAAGAGGAAUUAUUCGAAAUUGAUCCUGUGCAAGAAGCAAAUACCGAUGAAACACGCUUGCGGGCCGCUGGAGGUUAUUCGAACGAUGGUGAACCAGAUCGACGGAUUGAUUACGUCUUAGUGUACGAAACUUCACAACAUGAUGAAACAAUGGACGAGGAAUCUGCAGCAGAUGCCGCCAGACUAGCGCUUUUGAGAGCUUCUUUUGAAAGAGAGCUGGAAAAGCAAGGUCUUAUUCUACAUCAGCGAACAAAGGCUGAUGAGGUGCGUUUUUGAGAAUUUAUUUAAUGUCAAUUAAAUGGGCAAUCAUGCGUAUUUCUAAUUACAUUUUAGCUUAAGUCUUAAAAGUCUAGAGUAAAUAGGUAUAUUACAUUUUUUUCUUAAAGAAGCAGCGUCUGUAAGUCAAUGUGUACUGCUGAUGAUGGAGAUCAUGUGCAAUAUUUUCAGUAUUCAUGCCCUUUCAGGUUUUACUUUGUGUGCCAAUCACAUGCAUAUUUUUAGAAAUGUUGUUCCAGAUGCAAAUCAGUUAUUCCACAAAUUUAUAAAUAAAUGGAUAAAAAUAAAUAAAUAAAUAAAUAAAUAAAUAAAUAAAUAUGUAGAUAAACAAAAUAGGUUUUCACUGUUUCGUUUAAUUUCUACUAUCCUGCUCAGGAAAAAAAAAACAACAUUUCAACUAUAUUUUAUUUAAAACGUUAUUUCUGUGCUCACAGUUCAGGUAAUGACGGAACCUCUUCUGAUCAGAAGUACCCUGGUUCCAGAGGUCCGUUUUCAAAUACCUAAUAUGAAACAUAAACCGUGCUUACGGUUUGUCCAUGUUCUACCGUCGAUCUCUUCAGAUGUCAGAAGCACCCAACGACGGUUUCCUUCUUUUGGCUAUCCAGAGUACUUUUAGAUGUCUAGAAAUGUAUUCUAAGUAGCGCUAAAAAAUUUAUAUCUGUUCAGUAUUAUUUUCACGAAAAUUUUAGCAGCAAUUUAAAGUUUUACAAAAGGGAGAAUUUCUCCGAUAUCUCCUAGUUUGCAUCGUAGUUUCGAUUCCGAAAAUUUUAGGUUCCUUUCUCUACGAAAAAUAGUUUAACCUGGGUAGUGAAAUGGGAAAAAUUAAACUUCAGAAAAUCGUAGGAUAUUUAUUACUUAAGAUUUGAAAAUUAUACAUGAAUGGAACGGUCAUAUAGAAAUUUUUAGCCCCCCUCAAGCUAUAGAAAAUAUUAGGCAAUUUUUGCUUCUCCGAAAGGAUAUUUCACAGAAAACAGUCGUUGGGUGCCCCUGAGAUGUAUCAUUUUAAAUCCAAAUCUUUUUUUUGUUUUCUCCUCCACAAAGGGACUUUUCAGGAACGAUAAUUAGUAUUUAACCAAUCCCCAACUCUUAAUCACAAUACUUAAUAUAUUCCUAGUUACAAUAUUGGACUUAAAAAAAAAUAAAAUAAAAUAAAAUAAAAAAAUACUAUAUUGGACUUAUUAAUUGGAAAGAAUAUAAUUAUGCUAAAGUUGGUUCGUUAAAAAACUUAAACAGAAAAUUAACGGCUAAAUUUUAGAAAAGGUUCUUAAUUAUCCUAGAGCUUGAAAGGUUCUUCAUCCGGAGGCUUCUAAGAAAGAGGCUGUUUUGCUUUUGGCUAUUCCAAGUUAUAUUCGUUUACUAACAUGCUCACGGGUAUGGUAACAAAUUGGGAGAUGUUCAGGGGCGUGACCGGUCAUGCCUUUGAAGGCCAUAAAAGGUUGGCGAUUAUACCGUUUUGCCUUUUGUUGGAAGGAUGGGAUGAGACAAACAAGGUGUUAUGGGGAAUAGGGAAGUGGUGGAUGUUCACCUCUCCUGCCAGCUCCUCUCAUCUUAAUGUAAAAUUUUGGGGGAGCAGUUGAGGGAGUGGGCCAAACAAAGUGUCAGUAUUAUUUAUGGCAAAACUAAAUUAGUGGGAGACUUGCAAAGGGACGGGCAUGGGAAAUGAGAUGAGGUUAAUGUAGAGGCUGUGAUACGAUAAAAUCCAUGUUUUAAAUGUGGCAUAACUUUGACAUCACUCUGUCUGCCCAUUUAUGUAGGAUGGUGAACUGAUGCGACAUUUUGUGUUAAUUCACGCUCCAUGGGAGGUUCUCUCUGAACGAGCUGAAAGAACGAAGAUGAAAGUUCCUCUUCAGAUUAACGACACCGUCUUUGAAACUUGGCUGGAAUUCUUCUUUGGUUCGAGCAUAGCAGGCAAAGUAACACAGAAAAAUCCUUUAGAAAUACGGGAUGCUUCUGUACAUGCGUGUCCUGACCAUUUCAUGGGGAACUUCCGGAGAGAUCGCCUUUCGGCAUACAUUCAACACCAGGAUUUCAACGAGGAUACAUUUUUCUCAAACAUCGACCGACAGCAUCUAAUUCAGCAGAUCCUAACCACUACCCGAUAUUCGGAGGAACCUAAUGAUGUAGGACUCUCCAAGCUUCUUUAUGACGGUGCCUACGAGAGUUGUUACCCAUUACACGAGGGAAAGCAUGACGUCGCAAGUGAUGAAUCUGAUGUCAAGCUUCGUCACCAGCUGAAGAGAGACUGGGCUACAUUUGGUAGAAUCUUUAAAUACCAGCCUUACGAUGCCAUAAAGGAUUAUUUCGGUCACGAGAUCGGUCUGUACUUCGCCUGGAUGGGAUUCUACACUGCAAUGUUGGUUCCUCUCGCCAUAUUUGCUUUGAUUGUGUUCAUCUAUGGAAUUGCGUCUGCAGGCUCGUAUAUUCCAAUCCAUGAUCUUUGCAGUGAGAAUAACCGCGGCGUCUGGUACAUGUGCCCGCUGUGUGACAAACAGUGUAGCUACUGGAAUUUAGCCCCCGACACCUGUCUGUACGCGAAGGUUACUCACUACUUUGACAAUGACGCGACCGUUGCUUUGGCCUUUUUCGCAUCAAUUUGGGCCACCCUUUUCUUGGAAUUCUGGAAACGCCGUCAAGCGACUCUUGCACACAAAUGGCACACAUCUGAAUUUGAAGAAGAAGAAGAACAACUCCGACCCCAGUACGUGUCAAGUUUAACAGAGGAAGAGCUGAAUCCUUAUAAACCGGACUCAAAAACUGGAAAAAUUAGCCCAAAUAAAAAGAAGGUUAAGCGAUUUCGUCGACUGAGUUUAGUUUUCAGUAUCAUCGCUUUUAUGAUUCUCUUGGUUAUCGUCGCCAUGAUCGGCGUCGUUGUCUACCGAGCAGCCGUUUUUGCAGUCUUGAGUAGUAGCUCCAACAGAAAUCUGGAAAGCGGUGCUCGAAUCCUAACAACGGUUACUGCUGCCUUGAUUAACCUGGUGGUCAUAAAUAUCUUACAGUUUCUUUACAACAAGCUAGCAAUCUGGCUCACUGACUGGGAAAACCCACCCACCCAGACGGAUUACAAAGACAGCUUCACCAGGAAGAUGGCCUUGUUCCAGUUUGUUAAUAAUUAUACAUCCAUCUUCUACAUUGCUUUCUUUAAGUCUGCGCUCAUUGUUGGAACACCUGGAAGGUAUACAAGGGUGCUAGGCAAAUAUCGACUCGACAGCUGUAGUGAGCAGGGAUGCUUUUUAGAACUUGCCAUUCAAAUCGCCACUAUCAUGGUCGGACAGCAAAUUUUCUACAACAUCACUGAAAUUGGAAUACCGUAAGUUUCUGUUCCUGCUUCUGUCAUAAUAUUUUUCUAUGCAUUUAAGCAAAACCAAAAAACCCUAUUCCAGCGCUGUACCGUGGCACUUAAGUUAUAUAUGUAAUUUACUUAUUUUCGACUUAAUUAAUUAUGUGUUCACUUUUUUGGAAAGUCAUUGGCAAGGUACGGUUUCGGCAAAAUGCGUACACCUCUCGAGAGAAUUUGUAUCUGAAAGCAAUUUGUGCUUUUAUGCUAGCACUUUCUAACCUUUGCACGAAUACAACGAGAAACUUCAAGAAACUUCCUAGUUACACGUUUUAUGUGUUCCUCUUCACUUUUUUUUUCGCUGCCGCUCAUUUUCACCUUAGGUGGCCGCUAGCAUUUCCCUUCUCAGAACUAAAAUUUCUUGGAUGCACAGAUUACCAAAUUUUCUUAUCCAUGGUGCUCCGCUAUCCGCGCUUUGCGCGCGAGAGAGCUCCACCAUUAAAUACACUAGUGAGUAUCGAUCCUUACUGGCAGUAUAAUAUAACAGUUUUCUUGCCUCGGUUUCAUUAGGUACAUAAUGUUGCUGAAAAAAAGACGAGCACAAACAAAAGAUACCAUUCGACCACAAUACGAAUUGGACUACGACUUAAGCCCUUUAGAAAGGAAUUUUAUGUUCUGGGAAUACCUCGAAAUCGGUGAGUAAUUAAGUCAGGUUUGAUUCCGUAUCAUAAAUCCUGGGCAAUAUGUGUUUACUUUUGUUGUGGUUGUUUUAGCUUUACAGUACGGCUUUAUAACCAUGUUUGUCGCUGCAUUUCCCCUUGGACCAUUGUUUGCGCUCAUCAACGUCGUGGUGGAGAUCAGAGUGGAUGCCAUCAACUUCUUAUGCCACUUCCGCCGGCCCAACGCCACCCGCGUGGAAGACAUAGGGGCCUGGUACAACGUCUUAGAGACCAUCACCAAGGUUUCAGUACUCGUCAACGCAUUUGUUUUGGCGUUCACCUCCGAGUUCAUCCCAAAACUGACGUACAAGAUGAUUUACUCACAAAAUAAGGGGACGCUUGAGGGAUACGUCAAUAACAGUCUUGCCUUCAUUGAUUUGAAAACCCUUUAUACAUGGGAAAAUGGCACUCAGCCAACAGAUCCUACAAAGAAUCUCAACUACACACGAGAUUACUGCAGGUAAUAUUCGUUUAGUAUGUGUAAUCAAAUGGUGACGAGUGAAAUAUAGAAAUGACUUCACGUACGUUUUGUCCAAAGUUUAAUUAAUGUUACGCUUACAAUCGUGGUUUUUUACUUAUUUGAUUAUCGAGUAUCGAGAACUCCACGCACUGAAAAAUUUAUAGCACAAGCUGUGGUUUGAGUUCACAAGUUUCGGAAAUUUUCAACAAGUUCCAAGUAUACCUGUGAGAGUCCUCGUUGAUGAGCUCUUUUGUAUGUUUAGGUUUUCUAAAACGUCUUUUAACGCCCUGACAACUUAUAACUUCGACGCCACUUGACUGAGACGUCUGAACGUUGCCUGGAAGCAAUUUUAUAAUUUCACAUGUCAAAUUAUAAAUUGACGCUGAAACUUCGAGCCAAAAUUAAGGAGUAAUUUGUCAUCCAAGAUAUUAUUAAUAUAGAACCUUUGGACUGACGUGUCGAAUACCAUGGUGACAUUUACUUUUACUCGUGUUUUGCAUCCUUGUAACUUAUCGACAACAGCAAAACGAGACAGUCAAAUUCCACCAAAGGUUUGUAAAAAAGACACGAUUCAACGCAUUGAAACUUAAUAAUGUUUAGUCUCAAAACAGAAAUUAGAUAAAAAACGUCAUUUUUAACAUUGUUUAAAAAUGCAUCACGUGACCAACACGUGCAGUUUUAUGGAAAAAUUCUAUGGUGCGAAAUUCGUUGUCCUUUUGUAGGUCCAUCCCAGUGGCUAUAAAUUGUCUUCAUGAAAAAUCGAUCAGUCUGAAUGAAACAUGGUCCUUUUAAACAUGAGAAAUUGUAAUUACAAAUUUUAUUCCUUCGGAUCAUUCCAAGCUUAUUUCGUAGACACUUUGUAGUGUCAAUGCUUUGAUACAAAGAAACUGAAGCUACAUUCCAGGUGGAUGUCUUUAACAAUGGUCAUAAAAAGCACAAAUGAUUCAGAAACAUGCUUUUAAACAUAUUCCUAUUUUUUUUUUUUUUUGCUCCUUCAGGUAUAAGGGUUACUUUGAGGACACUUAUCCUUACAAGCGCUCGAGCGAGUACUGGAACAUCCUGGCCGCCAGACUUGCCUUCGUUCUCAUUUUUCAGUUUGUUGUGUAUUCCAUAACUGCCUUCAUUGCAUGGAUAAUUUCCGACAUCCCAGAAGAGCUGAAAUUUAAGAUGAAAAAAGAGAAGGAGCUGGAGAAGGCCAUACUCAGGGAUGAAAAUAAUGCGAAUGUGUGAUUUGAUAAAGUCACAAUACACAAAUAGUCUUUUAGCCCUCCGUGAUACACGGAUUGAGCGUUAUAACCCCCUCCCCGAGGUAUGAUGGGGGUGGGGGGUUACCAAAAUGUGCCGAAAAGAGUGUGUGGAUCUUGAUUGGAUAGAACAUGUUUAUCUGAAAAUCAUUCCUGGUGUCAAUUUUAUUCUUCCUCCCUUAUACGGCGGAGAGUUAUUAGCAGCUACACACAGGUUAUACCUGAUUUCCUACAUAUGACUCGAAGUGACGCAACAUAAAUACACUCAAUGCAUGACUUGUUGAUAAGAAGUACCUUGCAUCCUGAAAAGAAGAAAUGAUCGUGUGCAUUGCUGGUAAGGUGGCUCCGUAAUUAAUACAAGAGGAUUAAGCUGUGACAAAUUUUCCGUCAUAACUUUUUCGAUUUUAACGCGAUGGCUGCGAAACUUUGCAAAAAACAACACAUAUCAUUCGGCAAUAAUGCGAAAUAUUCCGAUUUCAUUGAUGUUAAAUAUUCCUUAAGAAAUUAGCGCUUAAAAGGACCCUACUGUUCAAAGAAUAUCGCGUCUAGUAAAAAAUUUUGCUGAUAUUUUUUACUGAAAUUUCUGGUAUCGGCUUUAAUUGAUACUGUUUUCAUAAUUAGCAAACACUGAAUUUACUUGUCCCAAAAAUUGAAACUGGUGUCUCCUUCUUCCUGAUAGUUAUUUAUUUUUGAAAUUCCAAAACAAUUUCACAGCUGAAUUUUGAUUGACUUUUAGUUACGGACUUCUGCUCCAACGAUUUUUCUGAAAUUCCUCUGGCAUAUUUAUUAAAUCAAGUAAAGCCGAUACCAGAAAUUUCAGUAAAAAAUAUCAGCAAAUUUUUUUACUAGACGCGAUUUUCUUUGAACAGUAGGGUCCUUUUAAGCGCUAAUUUCUCAAGAAAUAUUUACGAUCAAUGAAAUCGGAAUAUUUCGUAUUAUUGCGGAAUGUUAUCUGUUGUUCUUUGCAAAGUUUCGCAGCCAUCGCGUUAAAAACCAAAAAGUUAUGACGGAAAAUUUGUCACAGCUAAAUGCUCUUAUGUUAAUUACGGAGCCACCUUAAGAAGCGUAAUUGAGGCGUAUGGUUGUAUACUCUUCGUCUAUAGUCCAUUGUCUAUCGUCCAGAAUCUAUCGUCUGGGUUUCGGCACAUGCCUCUUUUUGUAUUAAUUAUAAAAAUGUUUUUCAUAGAGUUCGAAGAACAUGUCCCUCUGACGUCACUCUUGGUCCUUUAAAACUUCCUUGAUAGAGUCGGACAUUACGAGCAAUUUCGAGCCGCGGCCAUGGACAAUGGGCUAUCGUCCUUGGCUGGGUUUUGAAAACUUUUGCAUUAGACUCUACACACUCUUCAGUUAUACUUCUGAAGAAAUUUAUUCAGCUGAAAUUGUAUUAAACCGUCAACUAUACUUCCUAGCUAAUGGGCUUCUAUGGCUUCUUGAAGAACUAUAAUUUUUAAUUUACCCUCUAGGUAAAUCGUCGUAUUCUAGCGCGUGUUCAUUUGUACUUAGAAAAUAGUUAGACUUUGAACGGUAAAUAAAACUUAUUUAUCCCAUUGUCGCAUCUACACAGUAUCCAUAAGUGAGACUGAAUUAGGCCAUUUGCACUUACGAAAAAAAAUAUGGCAGGAGAGACGGCACCUCGAGUCAAUUCACCGUACUGUUGCUUUAUAAAGACCCCCUAGAUUAUUGAAAGAAUCGCCUCUUUCGGAUGUUAUCAUAAAGCUUAUAAUUUAAUUGGUCUAUAUACACAAGUUGAUUAUUGGGAGGAGAAACAAUGAGGUCAUUUACUUUUAGGCAUUUCUAGUCAUUUUAACACAUAUGAACCAUCUGCAUAAUAUAUUAUCCAAGCGUUUAUAUCUUUUAAAAGAGACCGCGGGUCCUUACAGGUACUAGCACAGCUAACAAAGGGUGGGUGACAGGAUUAAAUGGGCCAUCGCAAACGGCUUUACUUAGAUAUAUCCAAGAUACUAUCCGAUGGCAGUGAAAUGAAGGGCAUUUAUUCAAAUUGCGGUACGUUUUUCCAUUGUUGUAGUAGUAUAGCUUAUUUCUUCUUUACAGCUUAAAGGCUUUAGAGGACUAAAUGGGGAAGCCAGGAUGGCGAUAGGCUUUGUUGACAAUGGGAUCCGGUUUUUUAACAUUGGAUAGCGCUACGUGAUAAAGCACUAUCUGACGGAUGAGUGUUAGGGAAACCAACUGCAGUAUCCAUUCAAUAGAGAUUUAUCCAGUGGGUGACGUUAUCCACCUUUUGAACAACUGGGACCAGGCUGCAUUAAUUCCCAGUAUGACCAUUUCAUUGUUCAUUAGUCUUGCUUGCUUUAGCGGCGAGACUCAGAAAAUGCAAGCGUUUCGGCUUUCUGCCCCAAUAGUGAUCAUGGUCCCAGGCGUGGAGACCGAGGAAACUGGGGUAAGUAUCUCGGCGUGACUAGAGCCAUGCAGGGAAGAUUACUGUAAAUUAAAGAUGUAGAGCUUUUCCGGAACGGGUUGGUCCACGAAUUCUAUCGCUUGAAAGCGUUGAUUACAUUAAAACAAGUGAAUACUUCGGUGGCUGAAAAAAAAAAAAGAAGACCAAGAAGAAGAAGGUAUGCAAUGCAGUGAGAAUAUUAUACUAUUGUUAGUACCAAAGGCAGUCAAUGGUUACUAUGCAACCUGGCUAGCUAACAUUUUUUUUUGUCCUUCCUCACAUAUACUCCUUAUCAGGGCUUGCACGCCCGGACACAGGCUCCUUAGGAAUUAAUUGCCUCCUCAUUUCGGAUCUUAUCUCCAAGCAAGGUCGAGUCGCCGUUUUUAGAGUAUUGUUUCUUUUCUGAUUUCCACUCAAGCGAAACUUUUAAAAGCGAUUUCGUUAACUUGUAAAAACAUUUAAGGAAACAAUACUGUGUGAAAUAUCUGACAAAAUUUUUGUUUUAUGGUUGGAUCAAAACGGCAACUUCUAUCGAAUGCUAUCCGCUAAUUCAGGCGCACAGUAUUCGAACCUUUAGUAAAGAAUUGAAGUAGCUAAAAAAAUCGAAACUUACAAAUUAAAUUAUUUGUGAUAACGUUUUUUUCGUGUUAAAGAAGUCGAUAUUUAAUUGUUUAUUGGAUUGUUAAAAGGAUCUUAAGCUUCGGUCAUUACAAUGUAUAUGACCUAUAUACCAAUGUAUGUAUGUAUGUAUGUACAAAUCCCUGAAUGAAGUAUACCUCAACGCCCCUGUCAGCCUGUAACCGCCCGUGCGGAUCCACAUCCCUUCUACCGCUUGUGACGUAACCACUUGUAAUGGUCAAGGCCAACUUUGUCCGCCGCUAACUUGUACAGAGUGAAGAUAUCUUUCAAACCAUGCCAGAAUGAGCUCAAUCCAGUCAAGGACAGGAGAAAAACGCAAAAAAAAAAAAAACAUGUAACAUUGACCUGAAAAUUUCCAUGAAAAUCUUGUUCCACGACCCGUCUUCUUCUCCUUUCGUAUAAUUCUAAGAUCCUAAAAGUUCUCCUGAAAACUUUUCCCUCCAAAAAGAAGCCCACUAAAUCCUCAGAAAAAUAAAAACAAUGAGGCAAAAAAAGGGGAAAAAGAGGGGAGGAGAGAAAGCGAAAAGUAAAAGUCAAGACUGCUUGGUCACUUGGGAACCCAAUUUUGCUUUCUGCGCAUGCCCGAACUUCCCAAGCUAAUAUCUUGCAUCUGGGUCAGAAGGCUGCGAAGUGUACGACCUGUAAAUGGCUUUAUGGUACGUUUUACUUCUUUACUGCACGACAUGGUGACCAUGGAACCGCUCGACUAGCUUCAAAACGCGUUUCGGCAAAAUUUCCAGGGGUGAAUGGAUAAAAAGCCGCAGGUUUUGAAAACUUAUAAGAACGAUUGAAUAGUGUAGAGAGGUUUCUAGUCACUGUGCUGUAUUAUAUCCUAGCUAAUUUUAUUUUUGAAAUGACCGUAUUUCCUUCAUUGAGCCCUUUUCAGGGGCUUUUCUGUGUUUCAGUGCUUUCGCAGUAGGGGCUUAUUCACUGGGAAUUAAUGACCAGCUGCGCCUGUUUAAUGUUGUAGCCCAUUAUUAGAUUUCAGUAGCCUCCCAAAAUUAUUCUUACUGAACCGGGACAGAAACGUUUUUUGGAAUGGAUGGAAUCGAAAGCUUGUGUAUUUAAGGCUGUCUUCACACUAUACCGGAAAGCAGUUUCGUGCUGACGUGGACAGCUAUCCUGUAUAAGUGCGUUUGGUGAACUAAAUCCCAAUCCACACUAUUGAAUAUUUACUUCUGUCUCAGUGGAUUUCAGCCUUUUAUCCUACUUAUUACUUCUGCCAUUGUCCGAAUACCGUUCACACUGCACUAAAGUGUGGCCCAGAAACAAACAGAUAUGUGACGCUUCACUUUCGACAUCAGCGCAGCGCAGCUUCGCCCCGUCAGUUGGAGAUAUCGCGCCGAAAUCACCAUUCUUAUGUACAUAGCUAGUGUGAGCAGGGGCCCUAUGCGGCAUGAAAAACUGUCCGGUGAAGUGUAAACCUUUCCCUAAAAUUAGAAACCUCUUUUAUGCAUGUUCAAAUUGGGAAAGACUGGACCGGUAUGAUCUCCUUUUUCUCUAAAACCGCUCAAAUUAUAUUCCGAAGAAGUUUUGGAUUCCUUUAAAAGGUCAUUACAUCAAUGCAGGUAACUGCCAACUGUUGCGAAGACAACAAACGAUAUCUCGUCGGUUAAAUAAACUCACGGUUUUAAUUUUACGGCUCCUAAAACUUACAUGUUCUGAUAACAACUCAUGACAACAACAAAAACCCGACCGCGUGUGAAUUACAAAAUCAGAGUAACUGUCAAUCAAAAAAAUGAAAUCUGAUCACUAAAAACUCACGCGUGCGAUUGCGUGACGCGAGACUCGAAAUGUCUUUUGUCCAUUUCCCCCUCCCCACACUGGGAGGUAAGGAUCAGUGUGAUUGUUCGAUAAAAGAUUGAAACAGAAAACUAUAACAACGAGAAAUGUUCAGUGUUCUAACUUUCGUGCAAGGGCACCAGUUUAUGAAUUGGUCUAACGAUGGUGCUUGCGCCACAUUGGAUCUUAGCGACUCUGAUGUGGCCAUCCCUUCCUGUAUAAGUUUCGAUGAUGCGUCCUAGAGGCCAUCGUCCUCUUNUUAUGCAUGUUCAAAUUGGGAAAGACUGGACCGGUAUGAUCUCCUUUUUCUCUAAAACCGCUCAAAUUAUAUUCCGAAGAAGUUUUGGAUUCCUUUAAAAGGUCAUUACAUCAAUGCAGGUAACUGCCAACAGACAAAUGAUUGGUCUAUGGUCUAUGGUAACAUGAUCAUUCCUUUAAAAAUGUUUUGUUUCAUAUGAACAGUUUUAUCUAGGUUUCUGCGGCACAGGAUAUACGAGGGCAACAAAUCAGGUAAAAAGGCAGCUCGGUUUGGAAGUUUAGUGAUAAAAUGAAAAACAUUGUUGUUAUAUGAAUUAACAUUUUAAAUACGCUCUAAAAUCUUCGAUUGCUAAUAGAAUUUUUGUGCAGCGCCUUUAAGGGAUAAUUAAGGCACUUUGCCGAGUUGCAAAAGAAUAGUCAGUACUUCGAGAUCAAGCUUUAAUCUACGACGCUCUUUUUAGAAAAGAAAGAAAGAAAUUAAUCUACGAUAUACUUUAAGAAAGAUAGUUUUCGAAGCGUAAUUCGUACCACGAUUCCACGAUCGAGGAACGGACUGCGAAACACUCUGGGGUAUGAUUGUGAUGUUCAAGAUGGUGUAGAUUAGGAACCGAAUACUUCUUUUAUCGAUUUCUCGCGCUUAGGAACAUGCUCAGAACGCAGAACACCCAACGACUCGAUAAAAGGAGUGCCUCCAUCGUCGACGUAAAACAAAAAAGUACGCGAGCUAAACGUUAACAAUGUUCAGUUAACAAGGAGAACGAGAAAUUAAUUUACAAGUUUUCCAAACCUCUUUGUUUGGAAUAGCUGAACCAAUAAUAUUUUAAAAGAAAACAAAAAACAAAGAAAUGAAAGACGGAUUUUUUUGUGAUCAGACCUAACUAUCUUAUUUAGCCGAGGGCUAUAAGACCGUCAAAUAGUAUAAUAAUAAUAAGCUCGUUUUUCGCCUAUUUGACAGAAGGGAAUCAUCUUGGCCUACUGAAUAGUGCGUCUGUUUUUUUUGUAUCCACAUUACACCAGUAAUGGCGUGGUUUAAUGAAAAACUCGCUCUGUUUCGAUGGAGAACUUUAGGCUUUGUAAAAAUUUAUGCCAAUCAAUGUCAAUACGGAUAUUUGGUUUUCAGAAAUAUUCGAGGCCUUAUGAUCUAAUCCAUUCUAGCAGCGAAAUGUAAAGCCUAAAGAGAAAUAUUGGCUUGUAAUUUCUGGUUUUAUUAAUACUAAAGGAUUUGCCCAAAGUUUAAGGCACUGAAUAAUAUAUUACUUGGGAUGACCUUUUGGGAAUCAAAUGGUGGCUUGAACAGCAUGAAUAUCUACAAACUUUUACACACAAAGAAAUUGUUUAAAAUAUUCAUAUGGAUUGAUGAGUAUAGUAUUAGUUAUUUUUGGCAUUAAUAACGUAAGGUAUUUCGCCGAAUAACACGUAAAUCCGUAUAAAAAGCAAGCUGUAGCUGUGUUAAAAAGGACAGUGACGUUAAAAACAAUUAAGCGUGACUUAAUAUUAAGAUAAACAUAAGUGUCGCUGCUCUCAUUAAUAUUUAAAAAAAUUCAAAGACUGAUAUUGCUAAAUCUGAAAGUUGGCAUGUGUCGCUCCCUGAACUGGGACUACUACAUUCUCGCCACUUUUUAUCAUCACGCACGGUUUCUUACUCAUGUGUGAAAAAGCCUGAAAAUGUUGAAAUUUACCAGGUAAGUGAAAGAACACAUCACUCUGAACUAAUUCUGUCGCGCAAAAGUUGAUAUCACUGAUUCAGUAAAUGAUCUAAUUUCAGUUGAUAGAAAAGUGUAGAAUAAUCUCGAGUAUCAUUUAUAAAUACUUUUUAUUUUUCAUCUUCUCGCCAAUGCUUUAAAGACGAAAGGAACCUGACGGUGUCAUGGACAGAGGAACCUACACUAAAUUGUCUCAAAAUGAUGUACCAGUCGAGCUUGAGGCGAAGAAUGCGCCAUUGACGGAACCUUCGGUAGAUCAGGAGGCGUACCCGAGAGAUGAAGGCCUGCUUAUCGACUACGUCUUGGUGUACGAAACAUGUAAAGAAGAGGAAGAAAAAGAUCAAGAAACCAAGAAAGAGGCGGAGACAUUGGCAAAGUUAAGAAGAUCUUAUGAGAAGCGACUUCAAAAGAAAGGUCUUAUUCUACAGCACAAAACUAUUACUGCAGAUAAGGUAUUCUUAAUGAUUAAAUCAAUGUUUGGCUUUUAAUUAUUUAAUAUCAUGUGUUACUGUCAGUGAGCGUUGGUGAGUAGAGCCUCUUGUGGAUCAAGACGAUGGUUGUCUGUCAGGAGGUGAUAUAUAUAUUUUCUGAAGUGGGGACUAAAAAACAUGGCGUUUGAAUAGAAAAAGUUUCUUACAGGGGUAUUUUGACUGCGUAGUAAAACAAGCUCACUCGUUCCUAAAGGAUCAGAGCCUGAAUAAUCACAGAUAAACGCCAUUUGGCCAAUAAAUGAUGAGUCCAGUCUUAAAAGCCUAUGUGCUUUUUUUCUUUCAAUUUUAAACCGUGUAUUCAGCACGAAAUAAGACAAUGCUCACAUUUUGUACGUUUUGAUCAGUAAGUGUACUCGUUACUCUGCUCAUUAAAAACUUGCUUCUGACCAGUUAAAGUUUAGUAGUCAAAAAUGGGAAUGUUGUUUCAAAAUUGCUGCUCAAGUAGUUAUAUGGUCUGUUGGAAAUUUCAGGAAAUAAAAAUUUAUCACUAAGGACAUGAAAGUUUAUAAAUAACGUAUUCAGUUUCUAUUUUAGUUGUCCUUUCUCUAGUGCAAUAUAUUACAGCAUAUCGGACAAGUGCUGCUUAGAGCUUUACUCAGUUAAAAACUGAAAGUUUUCUGUUUUACUAGAACUUCAUAAAAAAGGUUAUUGAGGCAUACAUUACAUAAAAAAUAGCAAGAGCCACUUCCACUUCUAACCCUUUUUAAAGAAAUAUCUAAACCAUCAUUAUGCCGAUGUCUCAGUUUCCACGAUGUAAGAAUGUGUAGGAAGACAUUUGUCCUUGUAUAGAAAAAAUGCCGUCAUAAGGGCUGCAGGAUAAUACAAGUAAUAACUUUAGCAAGUAUAUUAAAUAAGGGCCAUUCAUGCAUCAUAACAUACCAAUAUAAGAGCAUUGAUGAAAGAAAAACAAGCGCUAGAGUUUUCCGGAUUCCUGCAUGCAAAUACUUUCACGGCCUCAUGAUAAUAUGGUCUAAUAUGAUCACUUGACCUUACGCCUUCAUGAAAUUUCGUAGUAAAUUCUAAGGAACGAAAAUAUUCUAUACUUUUGAUUAACCUCUAUCUAAAGAGUGUAAGACUGAUUAAAAAUACUUUAAAAACAUCCUCCUUAAUGGCCCUCAAAAAAGAAAUUAUUUACUGCAAAAGUUUUCUCAGUAGUGGCAUUCUAAACAAUUUACAAGUCUUUGUAAAAUAAUAAUAAUAAUAAUAAUAAUAAUAAUAAUAAUGAUAAUAAUAAUUUCUAUAAUGAAAGAUCAUUAAAAAUGAAAAACGUUAAUUAUAGUAAUUAUUAUUAUCAUUAUUAUUAUUAUUAUUAUUAUUAUUAUUAUUAUUAUUAUUUUACAAAAAAAAAAUAAAAAAAAUCAAUGAGGGUAAAUUAGCAUAAAAGAGAAAUUCUAUUAUUAAUGCCAAGAUUACCACGAAAAUUUUCAACAUCAAAAUAACUUUCUACUUGAAAACUGUCGACUAUGAUUCCAUAAAAACAUCGAAUCAAAGGCAGUAUCACUAAGUUUUCACUCCGAAACAUUUUUAAGAAACAACAACAAGGCCAGUUGAACAUAUGAAAACGUUUAUUCAAAUUAAUUAGACGCUCUCAGGAUGUUUACUCGGGCUAAGAUAUUUUUAAAUACUUAAAAGCGUUUAGGGAUCUGCAAGAAAAAAUAAAAGAAUUAAAUCAAAAUGAUUACGGAAUAAGCAGGUUUCAUGGUAGUCUUACAAUCACGAUAAGAAAAAUUAAAUAGUGUAAUUCCCCUAUUUUGUAAUUUAGCGAAGAUGGUGGUAUAUAAAAAUAAUUUGCUAAAAAUAUUCUUAGUUGGACAGCGUAUUGCCACUGGUUCAUUCGACUAUUUUUGGACUACGGAUUACUCCUGUAACACCUUUAGAAUCAAGGUCCUGUUUAAAUAGUCUGUUUUUCGUUACUAACUAAUAAAUGUUCGGCCAAAAAGCUCAUUUUUUCUCGUUUCAAACCUGCAUUUGACAAUUAACUGAAUUCUAACUUUGAUUGUUUUUCGUCGGUAGGACCCUGUUGUUGAACGCCACUUUGUGUUAAUUCACGCGACAUGGGAAGUCUUAUCUAGGCGGGCAGAAGAAAUGAGCUUGAAAAUGCCUCUUCAGAAAAAUGAUGUCCAAAUUACUUCCUUUCUGGAGUCCAUGUGUGGAUCAGAGCAGAUAGAAACGCUCAAGCGCUUGGAUCCACUACGUAUACAUGAUACAACAGUCAGAGAAAAGGGCGAUUAUUUUGUGGGCCGUUUCCAACAAGAAAAGUUAGAGAAGUUCUUAAACCACGAGGAUAAGGAGAUUUUUUUCAGUACCAUAGAUCGAAUGUACAUGGUCCAGCAGAUCCUGAAAAAUACCCGCUUCUCCAAAGAGCCUCAGUGCGUAGGUCUCAAUAGGCUGGUCUUAGAUGGUGCAUACACCUCGCAUUAUCCUUUGGUGCUUCCUUGCCGCUUUGAACUCCUUCCUCUUAAGGGACACUUACUGGCGGUUGCGAACUUUUCACUGACCCGUUCUAAUGGUAGAUGUUUCAAGUACCAACCAUACGAGGCCAUCAAAGAUUACUUCGGUCAUGAAAUUGGUCUGUACUUUGCCUGGCUUGGUUUCUACACGGCUAUGCUGGUCCCACUCGCAAUUGUCGCUUUGAUUGUUGUCUUGUACGGCAUCAUAUCUUCAAGCUCAUACACUCCUCUCCGUGAUCUGUGUGAUGAAAAGAAUGAAGGAGUCUGGUACAUGUGCCCUCUUUGUGAUAGACAGUGUAGUUACUGGAGCCUGGCUACUACUACUUGUCUCUAUGCCUACAUUACCCAUAUCUUUGACAACGAUGGCACAGUUAUUCUCGCCUUUGUUGCGUCUAUUUGGGCCACCCUCUUUCUUGAGUUCUGGAAGCGUCGACAAGCAACUUUAGCGCAAGAAUGGGACACGGAAGGUUUCGAAACUGAGUUCGAGCCACUUCGACCUGAGUAUGCUAGGUCCCUCACUAAAGAAGAACUCGACCCAUUCAAACCCGAUCCAGACACUGGAAUGAUUGUGUUUAGAGAUGAUAAAAGGAAGCGCACUCGUCGUUUCGCAGUAGUCGCUAGCUUGAUUGCAUUUAUGAUUUGUCUUGUGCUUGCUGCCGUCAUCGGCGUAGUGGUGUUUCGUGCUGCUGUUUUCGCUACCCUUAGUAGGAAUUCAGAGCGAACUGUUCAGAAGAGGGCUCGAAUACUGACAACGGGCAUGGCGGCUUCCAUUAAUCUAGUGGCCAUCACCGUGUUGAAGUACGCCUACAACAAACUUGCUGUCUGGCUGACCAACUGGGAAAAUCCCGCAACUCGUACCAUCUAUGAGGACAAAUUUACGAUGAAAAUGGCUCUUUUCCAGUUCGUAAACACCUUCUCCUCUAUUAUUUACAUCGCAUUCUUCAAGUCUGAGAUAAUAGUUGGCACGCCGGGAAGAUACCGGAGAAUUUUGGGGAAGUACCGAAUGGAUGGCUGUAGCGAACAAGGCUGCUUCUUAGAACUCGGAAUUCAGAUCGCGAUUAUUAUGGUGGGGCAACAGAUAAUCGGAAACAUUAUAGAAAUUGGCAUUCCGUAAGUCUUUCCCUUAAAGUGCAUAUAUAGCUGAUUCAAUGAAAGUUGUUUUGGGCAUUGGGAAUUGCGCACUGGGGAAGCUGUUGUUUGGCGGUCAGUCAUUCAAACAAAUCAUGGCAUUUGGUUCGAUUCCGUAUGCCCAAAUGACCAAUAGUAAAAGCAACCUUUAUUGAAUUAGGUAUAUACGGGUCAACUAAAGUUAGAUGCUGCCCACAUAUCAUGAGAGCUUUGUUAAAUCAAUCAUUUUAUUUAUCAUCGUGUUCAUUGGAACCAUCUCAGUAGACACGUGAUGCAUAUUUUCUUAUCUUCUAAUUCUAACCUCAUACAUGAACUGUGGAAAUAGUUUUGUGAUUUUUCUCAUUAGUUGGAUAUCGAUUUUAACAUUGGACUGGUUUUCGCGUUUUAAUCUGAUUGCAAACCUUGUAGCCAGUUUAUAUUUACCUGUCUACCACAUAGAGCUCGGACCCACUGAAGUGCACCUAUCAUUGAUGUUGGUCCCAUGCAAAAAAAAAAUUGUGAUCAUAAUCAUGUCUGCUCAUCAUAGACAUAAGCAUUAUCAAUAUCUUUUCAUUAUUAUUCAUUCAAAAUUUGUCGCCAUUUCUGAUUGGCUCCAGUCUCCCGGCUAAUUCUUCACAAACAGUUGAUAAGAUAGAGUCUACAGCAAUAUUUACCGCAAAGAGGUCAACCUUAUUUGAAAGAUCCGGGGGAGCAAUAUACCACAGAUUCGAUGGUAUACUGAUUGGUAUAGUUUCCAUCACCUUCUAACACAGAUAUAUCAUCUAUUAUUUUAAUAUUAAUAUACAGAUCGUUCAUGCUCUGGCUCAAACGAAGGAAAGUAAAAGAGUUCACUGAUCAGCCGCAAUAUAUCAAGGACCACGAACUAAGCAGCUUAGAGGAUCAUUACUUAUUCUGGGACUACCUUGAAAUAGGUAAAAUAAAAUGUUGCAUCUUUAGACGCAAUAAGGAGACAAACCUCAGUUACCCUCAUUACCCAGCUUCUUUGUUGAACUACUCGUUUGUUUACUACUUUUUUAGUUACUACUCGUCAAACCAGCCGCUUCCGCAUGAUUACAUUUACUUUUACGUUCCUUAGCUACAACACUUACCAAAACAACCUGGCAGUAAAAAAAUUCCCGAGCUACACCAUUCAGGAGUGUGCCGUCACCUUGGUUUACAGAUAAAGUUUAAGGCAAACUUAAUUUCCGACUGAAUAUAUAUAUAUUUUUUUCAGUUCUUCAGUACGCCUUUGUCACCAUGUUUGUUUCCGCAUUCCCACUCGCCCCAUUCUUUGCUCUCAUUAACGCAGUCUUGGAAAUUCGCGUGGAUGCCAUCAACUUUGUGUCGUAUCAUAGAAGGCCCCAGGUAGUGCGUGCUGAAGAUAUCGGAGCAUGGUACAGUGUACUGGAAGCAGUGACCAAGGUUGCAGUACUCAUGAAUGCGUUCGUGUUAGCAUUUACUUCUGAUUUCAUACCCAAGCUAAUAUACAGGUUGCAAUAUGCUCCAGACCGCAAUUCACCUGGCGGGGGAACUCUGAAAGGAUACAUCAACAACAGUCUGGCUUCCAUUGAUCUUAAGACGCUAUACAAGUGGGAGCCUGGGACCCAGCCUCUAAACCCUACUGCAAACGUUAAUUACACCAGAGACUACUGCAGGUAAACUGCUUGUGUUAAAAGCCUCUGGUCUAAUACUUAUAAAUAUAGGAAGUGAAUGAAUUUUAGAAACACUGUCCACCCAAUACAGGUUUUACCAUUUUUACGUCUACCACAUUUUUCAAUUUGAAAAUGGUACGGCCAUUUGGUGUCGACUCCGGGGGACUCCUGGGCAUGUUGCAUCUCUUGUUCAACAUUAGCCUAUCUUGUUCAAUAUAUGCUCAGAAAACUUAGGGAUUUUCUUUAUAUAUAUAUAUAUAUAAAUUAAAUAUUUACUCUUAUUCUUUUGUUGAUAAUUCCCUCCCAAAAAAUAGACUGGUACACAGUCCCUUACGAUAUGAAUGCCGGAAAUGGGUGGAAGGAUGGAGUGUUCUCGAUGAUGCAACACCCUUGCUAGCCCCCUGGCCCUUCCUUACUCUUUGCACCCAUUUUCAAUGGCUGACAAACGAAAACCAACUGGUCAUUUUUUCAAAAAUUGAUGUGUUUACCACAACUAUUAACACAACCCGAAACUGCAUGAAAAUGUCUCUUUUCACUAAAAAAUUCAUGACGUCGCUCCUCUAACGUUUCCCUACCGAUUUACUACAAUUUCCAGUUACGUCAGUUACCAUGACAGUACCUAUCCAUACAACUACUCCAAGGAAUACUGGAAUCUAGUUGCCGCCAGACUCGCCUUCGUGAUCGUAUUUGUAUUUAUUGUGUACUCGAUCACCAGUAUGAUAGCAUGGAUUAUCCCGGAUGUCCCAGAGUAUCUGAAGUUCAAAAGCGAAAGAGAAAAACAAGUGGUUCGAGAGAAACUUGGAAAGGCAAGUGAUGAUGAAGAGGAAAGUGAAGAGGAAGAUGAUCUGUCUGUAAAGGCAACGCUUGCUUCAGACAUUUAAAUCGUCUGCAUCAAGAGCUAUAAGGGGACUUGUUUCACAAUCGAUGCAGUACUUGCAUGUCUGAGGUGCAUGCCAUGUUAAAAGUGGUUUCAGGGCAGAUUAUUCGUAUCAGUCAUUCAUAUCUCAUUAAUAUUUCAUGAAACUGUUUGAUUUUUUUGGUUUGUCCAGAACAGGGCGGGGGGAGGGGGGGGGGGGNAAACGAUGUUCUCACAACUUGCAAAGCGGUCACCCUGCGUGGUGGUCAGUGGAUAAUUGCACUAUUUUUCCCACAGUAAAUAUUUUUAGACUUUUUAGAAGCAACAAGCGAACUGGCAGAGGAAAUCAGAAAUGCUUAAAAAACUGAAAAAAUUAUAUGCAUGCAUCUUUGUUUUUCUUGCAUAUCGUAUUUGUCUUUCGGUUCUGAAAUUGCGCGGGAAACUAAAACGCAACCGUGUUAGAUCUUAACCAACAACAACGCGGACGAUCGACUUAUUUAUAGGUUACAUCGUUUUUGCCGGGCAAGGAUAACUUGAUGCUGAUAAAAAUUACUGGAGCAAGUGUCACUUUUAUCGGAAGCAAGUAUAUUCAAGAGAGCUUUAUAACUAUGAGCUUACAGCUCUACAUAUCAUAACUGAAUAAAAAUUAACACUUCAUAACAUUUCACUUCGUUUAUUUCGAUCAGUCAACAUCUUGAAGCCAAAAUUAAAAUUCAAACGAUUCUAAUAAACAAAUCACAACUACUACUGACAGCUCUGUACCUUGAAGCGGCUUUAACUUUCCUAAUGUUUGCGGUAAACGCUAGUUUUCAUAUCUCAAACCGCCCUUGGAUACCUUGUGAUGCCUACACAAAGUAAUUGCAUAUAUGUAUACAUAUAUGAGUGAGCCCUGACUAUACACUAUGUCUGAAAAGCGACAUAAAAUCAAUAAAUUUGCGAAUUACAAAUAUAAUAGUGAGAAACAGUCCUGCCUUCGACCGCCAUGUUUUUGUUUCUUCUCAAGACCGUUGAUCUAUGGUUUUUCACGCAAUGCGCAUGAUCAGUACACAAAUCCGCUGGCAAGACCCUUGCUGAUCGUUUUGCAAGUUGUGAGAACAUCGUUUGGAUUUCAUUUAAGAGAAUGUAUGGGAAGUAGCUUUCCCCCCUCUGGUCCAGAAAGAACCAAUGGGUUUUGAUAGUAAGAUAACAGGUAUUAAAAUAUAAAAGCAAGGAUGUUCCAAGAGUAAUUAUCUUAGGAGAUAAUUUAAAACAUGUCAUGGUCAAUAAAAAAUGGUGGUUACCUUUUUGGUUUGGGUACCGUUAGCACUUGCUUGCACUUAACAGGAAAAAAAACGCAUUUUUUUAUCAGUUAAUCUUUUUCGGACUGGUUUUUGGGUUAAUUAGCAUUGCAAUGGCUGUACGGAGUGUAUUAAGAAUAGGGUGACUGUUUCUCUCACACAGUGAAUUCACCUGAAACAGGCGGCGUUUUCUGUUGUGCUUUUCGCAAGAUUGCAUAACAGAGGAAUGACUUUCUUUUUCUCAUCGCAUUAUUGUACAAUCGGUCAAGUUCAGUGGAAAAUUUAGGCCCAGCGCGUACGUCGAAACUGUAAUCAAACCGCCACUACCUUUAUAUUUUUUUAUAUUCUAUAUCUCAACUAUGGAACGAUCAAGUUAAUGCCUUAACGAUCGUUUCGAUGGACGGAUUCGUUGUCCUGGAAAAAUUAAAACAUGAUAAAUAAUGAAAGUGGAUGUUGAGACUUGAUAAAAUUUCAGUAACCGUAAAAUGAAAGAAAUGUUUAAGCAACUCUUUUUUUCAGUUUCAACCAGGUAGAACUUAACAACUCUUUGAGUGAUUCAAACAAGGGGGUGAAUUAAACGCCUAAAAAUUGUGUUGCCUUCUUGUAUCCUAUACUUAUUUAAAUAUGAUGAUAGAUAGAAAAUUCUUAGACAUACAUGUUACCCUGAAAUCAAACUCCAUGAAUGCUGUACAUGAGUUGACAGAUUGACUCACGCUUUCCACAAAACACUGGUGUUGUUAGGUUGUCGUCAAGAGUAAAAAGGGAAUUUGGUAUACCUAUAUACGAAGCAUACGAAAAUUCUAAAAGCAAUUCAAAUCACCAUUAAAUACGGAAGUACUUUAGCUUUUACUUGAGAAAGCACGAUUUUAAUAGUUACUCUCCCAUGACUACUUUCGACGAGCGGACAACACCAGCAACAACGAAAAUUCACAGUAAUUUUUAUUAUCUUCUUUACAUAAGUUAAAAUUUGUCCUUUGAUGGCUUCUUUAAUUUCUCGC